CUCGCCCUUUUAUUUUCUUUAUUUCCAUUGCUAUACCACUAUGGCACAAUAUCUAUCGUCUUUAUUCCUUCCUAAGCAUGACAAUCGCUUGGUUGAAGUCGAUGCUGAACAACACAUUUAUCGUAACAAGAUAGCAGAACACGAACUGAUCAAAGGACCCAAAGUCCCAGAGUGCUCAGAAAACGACCGCACUAUAGGCCAUAUCUGGAGAUACAUUACAGACACUAAUGCUGAUAAGCCAGGGUUUGGCGAACGCGAGUUGCUGGAAAUGCACGUGGAAGAAAAGCCAGCUACGGACGGAAGCGGCAAGACGAAGAAGUGGUACACACCCGAGCUUUCAGAUACCUACAAGUGGAUCACCUACGGUGAGGCAAGAAAAUGGAGCGACAGCGUAACUGCGUAUUUGUUGGAGAAGGGAAUCCAGCCUGGUGACUCGAUCCUGUUGUAUGCCAAAACAUCGCAAUGGUGGAUGAUUACAGCAAUGGCAUGUUUUGCCGCCGGUAUCAUUGUCACAACUGCAUAUGACAGUAUGCCUGCUGACGAUGUUCUCCAUGUAUUGAAGGAAACUGGAUCCAAAGUUGUAUUGACUGAGAUAUCACUUAUCGGUACUUUUGAAAAAGUACUCAAAGGCUCCCCAGAAGGACAAGUCCAAAUCGUUCUAUAUAGCGGAAAGGAGAUCGAAAACAAGAAGCAAUUGGAACAAUUUCUAUCGUCUGUUCCAAAAGGCAUUUCUGUGGACCAUGUCAAGGAAGUGAUGAGUGAAGGCCAUACGAGCUCCAAGCUCGCGUCGUCUGAGCCUUCAACAAAUGACUUGGCCAUGAUCAUGUAUACCUCUGGAAGUACCGGCAAUCCUAAAGGAGUGGAGAUGACCCAUGGAAAUAUGGUUGCUGCUCAAAGUGCUGGUGACUUCUUAGCGCGUGACAUCGUUGCCGAUGACGAACAUUACUAUAUUGCAUUUUUGCCACUGGCUCACGUCUUGGAAUUCUUACUGGAAUUCAUGUUCAUCAACCUUACUGUUCCCAUUGGUUAUGCCAGCAUCCGAACUCUCAUGGAAGAUGGUGUAGUUGGUAAGGAUGGUCAAGGCAAGGGCAAGGGAGACUUGAGUGCAUUGCGGCCAACCAUCAUGUGCGGUGUGCCCGCUGUUUGGGAACGUAUCCGAAAGGGAAUCGAAUCCAAGGUUGCAAAGCAGAAUCCUAUUUUACAAACAAUUUUCAAUGUCGCUAUCAAUGUUAAAUGGCAGCUCCUCAAGUUCUUUGGCAAAAACAAUGUCAUCACCGAUAUAUUUAAUAAGACUAUCUUUGCCCCCAUCCGCGCGGUAACCGGUGGUCGUCUGCAAUAUGGCGUUACUGGAGGUGCACCAGUUAGUUUUGAGACCCAUCGUUUCGUCAAUACCACACUCUGUCAACUUUUGGAAGGAUACGGUCUCACAGAAUGCUGCGGUCUUGGUGCGGUGACGUUACCUUGGAUGGGCGCCACCACUACUGGUACAAUCGGCUACCCCUCUCCUUCUAUUGAAUUUCGAUUUGUCGAUGUUGAAGACGCAGGUUACAAGGCCUCUGAAGGCGUUGGUGAAAUUUGGUUGAGAGGACCAUCCUUGCUCAAAGGAUACCACAAGCGCCCUGAUGUUAACAAAGAAUCUUUGACGGAUGAUGGAUGGUUCAAGACCGGUGACGUUGGCAAGAUCAAUCCCGACGGCACUAUCUCUAUCACUGAUCGUAUUAAGAACUUGGUCAAAUUAUCACACGGAGAAUACAUUGCUAUCGAGAGUCUGGAGAGCAAGUACCGAAAUUGUCAAGAGAUCAAGAGCAUUUGCAUUGUUGCCGAGAAUGGAAAGGACUUCAUCUUGGCUGUAGUGGAGCCUAGCUCCUCAAACGCAGAUAAGGAUCAGUUACUCAAAGCAUUGCAGAAGACUGCCCGGGAUGCCGGAUGCUCACGAGUGGAAACUAUCCAUGAUAUCUUCCUUUCAAAUGAGGACUGGUCUAAGAAUGGCUACAUGACCACCAGUGGAAAGUUGAAGCGAAAUGUUAUCAAGGAUGCCUACAAGGAUGACAUUAAGAAAGCUUAUGGCCAGAAAUAGAGAUGGGUCGAGAUAUGAUAUUCUUCAUUGUUCCUUUGUGUUUAUUUUGAAGAGAAAAGAAGAAAAUAAAAACGAUAUAUUACUUAAUGAAAGAACAGUUGCCAUACACACUCUCCAAGCGUGUAGCGUGAUUUCAUAUUACAAAAAGAAGAAUGGUGUGCAAACGAAAAAUGUGAAAGAAAAAUGCUAGAUGACAUGAACAGAAGAGGGAAAGGAUCUAUUUUUUAGAGAGUUUGGCCUUCUUAGAGGCUGGUUUCUGAGCCGCAUUGUUCUUUCUCUUGCCAUUGGCAGCAGUAGCCUUAGCCUUGACUUUGCCCUCUGCCUUGACCUUAGGUGGAAGACUA